AUGACGUCCCACGCCGUGAGGACACGGACCUGCUUUUUCCUAUGCUGCUUCUUCUCCACCUUGGCGCCGCUUGUGACGCCAAAGACGGCGGCACGAGCGUCGCAGGCCCACGGCUCGGCCUCCCAGGUCAUCACGGCGUCCAUCGAGGAGGAAGGGUACGCCUCGUUCCGCGCCGAGAACCCCGAGUGGACGUUUAACCAUUUGACGGUGGACUAUCGCAACGGCAACGUUUACCUUGGAGUCGUGAAUCGCAUCUAUAAACUGUCGCCAGGUUUGGAGGUGCAGGUGUCGCACCAAACCGGGCCGGACGAAGACAACCGCAAGUGCUACCCGCCCCGCAUCGUCCAGCCGUGCAGCGAGCCCCUCACGCUCACCAACAACGUCAACAAGAUGCUGCUGAUGGACUACCGGGAAAACCGUCUGCUGGCGUGCGGGAGCCUCUACCAGGGCAUCUGCAAACUGCUGCGCCUGGACGACCUCUUCAAGCUCGGGGAGCCCUUCCACAAGAAGGAACACUACCUCUCCGGCGUCAACGAGAGCGGCUCUGUGUUUGGCGUCAUCGUCUCCUACGGCAACGCCUCCCCGGACAUGUUGUUCGUAGCCACGGCGGUGGACGGCAAGCCAGAGUACUUCCCCACCAUCUCCAGCCGCAAGCUGGCCAGGAACUCUGAGGAGGAUGGAAUGUUCGCCUACGUCUUUCACGAUGAGUUUGUGGCCUCCAUGAUUAAGAUCCCCUCAGACACCUUCACCGUCAUACCAGACUUUGACAUCUAUUACAUUUACGGCUUCGCCAGUGGAAACUUUGUCUACUUCCUGACGCUGCAGCCCGAAAUGGGGGGCGGCCCCACCACCGGCUCCUCCUCGGCCGGUAAAGAGCAGGUGUACACCUCCAAGAUAGUCCGCCUCUGCAAAGCAGACACCGCCUUCCACUCCUACGUGGAGGUGCCCAUCGGAUGCGUGAGCGGCAAUGUGGAUUACCGACUGCUGGAGGCGGCCUACCUGUCCAAAGCCGGCGCCAACUUGGCGCGCUCGCUGGACGUGGCGCCGGACGACGACGUGCUGUUCGCCGUGUUCUCCAAGGGACAGAAGAGGCGGCCGCGGCAGGAAUUCCAAGACUCGGCGUUGUGCGUCUUCUCCCUGCGGGAGAUCAACGAAAAAAUCAAAGACAGGCUGCAGUCGUGCUACAGGGGCGAGGGCACCUUGGACCUGGCUUGGCUCAAGGUCAAAGAUAUUCACUGCAGCAGUGCGCUCUUGACCAUCGACGACGACUUCUGCGGCCUGGACAUGAACGCACCGCUGGGCGUGUCGGAGAUGGUGCAAGGCAAGGCCCUCUUCUCGGACGCCAAUGACAAAAUGACCUCGGUGGUGGCCUACGUGUACAAGAACCACUCGCUGGUCUUCGUGGGCACCAAGAGCGGACGCGUGAAGAAGAUACGAGUGGACGGCUCCUCGCGGGCCCUGCAGUACGAGACGGUGCAGGCGGUGGAAAGCGGUCCCAUCCUGCGCGACAUGGCCUUCUCUUCCGACUACCACUACCUCUAUGUCAUGUCCGAGACCCAGCUUGAGGAUGUCCAACAGGUGUUCUCUUAG